AUGUCUCCGACCAACUGGCCGCGAAGCGUCGAGACCAAGCACGACCAGGAGAUGACGCAUAUCCGUCGUCUCGGCGCAGAGCUCUUGGACCAUGAGCUCGAAGCUCACCAUCAUCCAUUCCUCCAGAGUUCCUUGGAUUGGGCGGGCUUACGAACUUCCGCAAAUGGGCCUAGCGGCUAUCGUAUCAAGUCGGUUGCGCAGUUUUUGAUGUCAAUUCCUCCCGACGCUUUCGAUGUCCCGGACAUUACAGACAGGCGCACGAGAAGCAUGGCGCCGGUGGUGGGAUUGGGCUAUGAAUCGAUCUCCGGCUUCAGCGCAGCCUCAACCCAAUCCGCGAUUUCCACUCACGCGUCGGCUGCAACUACCGGUACUGAGCGCCGCGACAGGGAUCGUCGGAGGACUCCCGAUUAUGCCACACUCCUGACGCCGAAUGACCCCUCAAAGCCAUGGCAGCGGCUCCUCUUUAUCCAUGAGCUCAAGCCCUAUGGUGACCGGUUCCAGCGGCCGGGCGAGCCCACAAGGCUUGUCGACCCAGCUGACUUGGAUAUGGCGUUCUCGGACAUGCGAGCGCAAGUCUCGGAACAGGCGCAACUAGCUCUCUGGACUUUCAAGGAGCAUACGUUUGUGUACGUCAUGUGCCACAUCGGCAUUCACUUCAUGGUCAUCAAGUAUGGGCGAAAAAAGGCCCACCGUGGCGCGCCGAGCGGGUCAGCCGUCACUGCAUUGUACAAGAGCAAGGUCUAUAUGCUCCUGAACGAGGAGCACACCGACUUCAGCAUCGAAUUCAAGCGGUGGUGGACGACCGCAAAAAAUAGUGCUUGUGGUGGUCUGCAGCUACGUAAGGAGAGACCCCAACGUCAAAAUGCUGCCAAUUCUUCCGCUACGGUCGACGGAGAUGGUGGCAUUGCUGCCGCUGGGGGUGGUGACAAUCCGGUGCAAGUGUAGUGUGUUGUACAUUACAGUUUCUUUGACAGGUUUCCCGAAGUGUUCUGUUUCAUUUUUACGCCCGCAAAUACGUAUUCACUAAACAGCAGAGCGACGAUGUAUUAUAAUUGCCGAUUUUCCUCGAG